AAGAAAAAAGCUGCACAUGAUUGGCCAUUAGCCAUGUCAAAUUUCCCAAUAAAAUUUCUAGCAUAUUUAGAUCGUAUAAUACUCUUGAAAAUAUCUCACAUGCAAAAUUCUGAUAAGAGCAAAGACAAUACUGAGUCAAAA